UGCCAAGUGAUGCUCAUGUGGAUGCUUAGGCAGGACAUUAGAAACCGGUGAAAACCUCUGCUGAGGCCGGCGUUAAAUUAGUAUAUUGGACUGCACAAAGGGUGACAUCAGCUGUUUGCAAGGAAAAGUGAUGUGCCCACUGCCGUGUAGCCAGUGGCAGUGCCCUCCUGGCAGUCGGCUUGGCAGCCCCUGAGCCCACGGGUGUCGGAGGCCACGCCAGGAGAGCACCGAGCACCGCAGCACUUUGGCUUUUUUCCUCCAAACCUCCUCGCUGCUGCUGUAUCUCUCUGGCUUUGCGCUCCCUCUCCCCCUCCAUCUUGUCUGCUGCCCUUCUCGUUCAGUACAGGGAACCUUCAUUUCAUUCUCCUCCUCCCCGCCGUGCGCCACUGUGUUCAGUCCUUUUCUCUCAGGAGGAAGCUGACCUUUGUUUUAUAUUGCUCCUUCCUCUUACUAGCUGAGCACCCUCUCUUACUUCCCUGCUGCUGUCUCCCUGCCCUCAUCUCUUUAUUGCUUAAGUUCAGCAUCUGCAGCGAGCUGGAUGUGCAGCCUUUUGCAUUCACCUACAUCCCUAAGGAAGCAGCCCAGGAGAUGCUCAAAGGGCGUCAAGGUGCCGGUGUGGGAAGGGACAAACACACAGCAUCACACUCACAACCGACCAGGGAUGUUAUGAAACUCCUGUUCACACUUUCCUGUCGUUCGUGCGUCUCGUUGGCAGAGGAGCGUUUCUGUGUCUAACAAAGCACGGUUAGAAAAUUAAAUAUACAAAAAUAUAAAUGACUGGCAGCUAAGCAGUUGCUCUCCAAAGGUGGAUAGUCAGCGUGGUAAGACAGCGAGAAGGGAAGGGUGAGCCCCGUCGUUUCCUGCCUCGCGCCUGCUGGGAAUUGGAGUCCCUUCCCGGAGCUUGUCACCCGUGUCCCCUGCGUCAGCCUCAGGGGCUUCAGACUGACUCGUCUACAGUCCCCAUAACAGUUGAGGCACAAACUUCUAGCUGAGGGUCUGGAUUUCUUCUGUGAAAUCAUCCCCUUGAGAAGGGACAAGGCAUGAAACCGGUCUGCAGGACUCGGGUGUUUUGUAGAAACUGGAAUUUCUGCCGCAAACCAAAACGCGACCUUCAGCAAGACAUGCUGGAGCAAAGUGGUAUGUGCUGAGUGUGGGGAAUCUGGGGGAAGACCCAGAGCAGAAUGAGCAUGGUACGGAAAGAAGUCUCCUUGCCUGAUCAUGUGUUUGCCAUUAAGGCACUCUAAUGAAGCAGACUGGAGCCCCAUCCUGCAAACCACCAUCUUCUCCUGCCAAAUCACAUUUAAAGUCUCCAGCUGCUGUACAGUAGUCCCAGCAUUGUGACUUUUCCAUCAUGUCAGAACCCAUCACACUUAAUGUUGGAGGAAAACUCUAUACCACCUCACUGUCUACCCUGACUAGCUUUCCAGACUCCAUGCUGGGGGCCAUGUUUAGUGGGAAGAUCCCAACCAAGAAGGACAGCCAAGGCAACUGCUUUAUUGACAGAGACGGAAAAAUCUUCCGCUAUAUCCUGAAUUUCUUACGAACAUCUCACUUGGACCUCCCCGAAGACUUUCAGGAAAUGGGCUUACUCCGACGGGAGGUUGAUUUUUAUCAGAUUCAGCCACUGAUUGAGGCCUUGCAGGAGAAGGAGGUGGAACUUUCUAAAGCAGAGAAAAAUGCCAUGCUCAACAUCACCCUCGAUCAGAAGACCCAGACUGUUCACUUCACCGUCCGAGAAGCACCCCAGAUCUACAGCCUGUCUUCUUCCAACAUGGAAGUGUUCAGUGCUCAUAUCUUCUCCACGUCAUGUCUGUUCCUGAAGCUUCUUGGGUCCAAACUUUACUAUUGCUUCAAUGGAAACCUCUCUUCAAUAUCCAGCUACCUGCAAGACCCCAACCAUUUGACCUUAGACUGGGUUGCAAGCGUGGAAGGCCUUCCCGAAGAGGAGUACACCAGGCAGAAUUUAAAGAGACUCUGGGUGGUGCCAGAUAAUAAGCAAAUCAAUAGUUUCCAGGUGUUUGUGGAAGAAGUGCUAAAAAUAGCCAUGAGUGAUGGUUUUUGCAUAGAUUCUUCUCAUCCACAUACUUCAGAUUUCAUGAAUAAUAAGGUUAUUCGCCUAAUUCGGUACAAGUAGGAAUGGCUGUUUAUUAUGGUGCCAGCAUGGAGAUAACACAGGUAAAGUGUUUCCCUCUAAAACACACUUACAGCCUAAUUCAGAAUCAUGCUUAUCUGGAUUAAGAGUCACUAACAGGGAGAUGAUUUGCCUUUAAUGCAUUUUCCAAUACCUUUCAGAAUAUGUCCGUAUUCUAGACAGAGGGAGUAUUGUCUAGCACCUGAAUUAAGGACUGGUUCUGUCUCUGCCUCCACCUCUGACCUGCUGUACAGCUGUGGGGAAAAUCACUUCUGUCCUUCCUACGUUUUCCAGUCGGAAAAUGGGAGUGAUCCUUAACUUAUAUUGCAAGGGGAUGUCAAGGUUCGGUAAUCAAGGUCUGGAAUGUCUCUGGAGAACAGAUGCAGUGAAAGAUGCCAUGGAGCUGCAGUGCAGCAGUCAGCCCUGGGAGCACAUUCUCCACGUCUUGCCAUAUCACCUGUGCAGAGCAUCCAAGAAGCUUGGCUGGAUCCACAGAGAAGCCUCCCCACAUGGACUCACUCAAUAUAGCUGAAAAGGAUGGUGUAAACUGCAAACAAGAAGUGGAUCGAGGGGAUCCUGUCUCUUUGGGUUCAGUGAAGGAUUUCUGUCACCAUCUGAAGCUGGCUUGGUUUUUUUUCUGAACCCUGUGAGGAAGCCCCUGUUCUGUUCUGCUUUCAGGGAAGCCAUGUUUGAAUGACGUGACUGGCAUGGGGAAUGAUCAAGGAAGCCAUAGCAGAGAGAAUGGCAGUCUUACAAACUGAGAAGAUUAUGGCUGGUGGGGGAACUUUGCUUUGGAUGUUCUUAAAAUCUUCACUUUUACAUUCCAAAGGCAUCCAAGACAACUAUUCCUUUUCUUUCUCUUACAAUGUUAGUAUUUGUCUGGAGGAUGCUGCUGAAACUUUCUGAGGCAAAGACAGAUUUAGGGGCAGAGGCCCCCAGAUACCUUCUAAAUGUUUGAGCCUCUUCUGCUUCCUGGACACGGCCUUUUUGGGGGUAUGUCUCCCUUCAGCAGUGCCUGGAGUGCAUGGGAUGCUCUCUGGGUAGGAUGAAUUCCAUCUGAAAAGACAACAUUCCCAUCAGGUUAUGCCUAAUAUUUUUCAUUACAAAAACAAAGGGUCACUUUUCCUAUCCUGGUACAUUGAGCCAUUUUUUUUUUUACACAUCAUUGUGAAGCGGUCAGGUGACUAAGCUAGCAUUUUGCCUGCUUGCUUGGCUUCAGUGUCAGACUGUCAGAGGUAAGGCAGUGGAAAACCAGAGGUGAUGACAAUGGUCAAGCUCUUUCUACACACCCAGUCUGUCCUGUAAUGAAGAUCAUAAUCCACUAGCUGCAUGUUAGCUCUAAAUAUCAUUUGUGCCACAUUCAAGGUGGUUCAUUCUCAGCUAAUUAUGUUUAAAAGUUUCUUAGCUGUCUUUCCCUAACCAAAUUGCUGUGUGUGUAAGAGAAACCCUCUGGAACAUUUGCUGUCAUCUCUAAUGAGAUAGAAGAGAAAAUGCAAUAACCAAGUUCUGUAUUUAGAAUUUUCGUGCUUCCAAAAGUUCUUAGCAUAGGGCUGCACAGCUCAGUAUUGCUCAUGUUCUUGUUUCUCAAAGUAACAAGUCUGUCAUUGCAUUAAGCUGACCUGUGAAGAAGCAUAAAAAAGCGUUUUGUUACUGUUGUAAAAAACAGUGAGACAAAUGUAUUUCUACUGUCCCAAGCUGUAACUGCAUGAACAACACAAAUCAGCAUGCUGAAGGUAAAAAUGCACAUUCUGCAGCUACUGGCAGCCUGUUACAGACCACUGCCCCUGUCUGACUUGGGGUUAAACCAGCAUGAUGUACAUGGGACUGUGUUGUUGGGAAGCACUGACUGGGCUUGAAGCCCUCAGAACCAUUAAACCUUUCAAGUUUUGUGAAUUUUGAGGAUUGUAAACAGGAUUUUGUGGCCAAAUUCCAGCUUGAGUCACCAUAUUCUUCUAGGUUUAGUUGCAUUAGGAUGAACUGAAGAACUCCUUUUUUUCCCCCAUUGCUGUCCUGAAUUAUAAUGUGGGAGCAGUCUGUUCCAGGGGUUGCUGCAGGCCACUGCCAAAGCAAAGCAACUCCUGUGUGAAUCUUAUUUCUGACAUGAGUUUGCCUGUCAGUUGGACAUUCACAGUGAUGAUCUAUGCAGGUAAUAUGAUUAUGAUCUGUAAAAUACCAUACAUGAAUGCUCUUUUAUCAAAUCUAUACCCUGAAACAGAUACACCUUUGCUGAAUUUAUGGUAACAGCUCUGGGGGACUGUUGACGGUAUUUCUUUUUAACCCGCAACCUAGAUUUUAAAUGAUCUGUAACAGGAGUUCUUGUAUGUCAGCACCAAAAUAAUACUUAUCUGUAGUAAUUUGUUCCCUGUCAGCUUGAGUUUAUCCAAAGGUAAGAGCAAUGGGCUUGAUUCUCAUUUGGAAGGGGGGAAAAGGUCUGAUCCACAACCUCUAAAGCUCUUUGCUCCCUUCUGUUUCAGCAAAACAAAACUAUGCCCUGGGAGACUUGAAUCGUUACUGCAUUUUCUGGUGAAAGACAAGUAAGAAGAGUCCAUAAAAGCACUAUGCAUAGCUUUAUCUAGAGCAUUUACUCCUCCCCUUUGCUCCCACCUCCUUUUCUUCUCUUCUGACAGUAGCAGCACCCAAAGUAAAAGCAGUUACACAGUUUCUUUAAAGUCUAAACAAGAAAUGAAGAGUGCCCCAACCCAGCCUAGACAGUAACUGGGGUGAUUCUGUUGACAGGGAAAUACGGGUUUCAAUCCCCACAGACUGAGGAGAGAGCUGAACCCAGGUCUUCUGGAGUGCUUUAAUCCAUCAGUCUAUUAUGGAAAAGAUGGAGGACUUGAAUACACGUCUAUCUGUGCUCACGUAACUAAAUCAGGCAAAGGUGCAGCCAGCCACAAAUCUGUCAUUUAUUAAUAUACAAAGAGAUGCAAAAUAUCUCUUCUGUAUGCAGAAAGAUGCAAAAUUUCCAACAAGUGUAAAGACAUGAGUGAAGACAGGCUUUGGGAGGAACAGAAAAACUUGGGAUACCUCUAAAUUGCUAAGCAGAAUAAACACCUUUAAGCAUGACAUACUAUUUAUAAUGCCACAGUCAUUCUGCAUGCUAAUUGAGUAAGUGAAAUAAAUGGUGAAUCACUUGCGAUUGCAGUCAGACAUAUGUUAAACAAAUGCAGUUGCUAUUUCAAACUACACACCAAGCUAAAUUUAUAGCUGCUCCCUAAUUUUGCAGUCUGUAAGUUGCAUUGUAAUGGCUGUUUAUAGGAAUGUUCUUUCUCCAAAGCAUUUGUUUGCUUUUUAUCUAGAUAGCUGACUUUUGUUUACCUUCUUUUUCUGAACCCCAGAGGUGUAACUUGCUUUUGUUUACCAGGCAACAGCAUUGGUGAUUCUUCUUCUCAAGAGUUUUCCUGAAUUAAAGAAAAGCAAACAUGCACAAAGCCAUAUUAAGUAGAGCACAACCCCUCACUGGUCUUGAAAAGCACUUGGCAUUAAGUAGCAGGAACAUCUAAAAAUUAUUUCACUGUUGAGUGGAAUAUUCACUCUCAGAACAAACUCAUUAUUUUCCUGUAAGGGCCUGCGAACAAGGAAAGGAUCUAGUGAGGUAUUUUCCCUUACACUUUGAAGGGCGCUUUCUUCCACAUCUCAGUGCUUAACUCCUGUUCUGAUUCUGCCUUCUCUCCUUCAACACUUUCACAUUCAAAAUGAGGCUAAGUCCUGCACUUUGUUUUUUCUAAAUGGCCUACAUGCUGAGAGCACCACUGAACAUCAGCAGUGCUAGAGCAGAAAAAUACCAGUUAGGGCAGAUGAUAAACAAGCCAUUAGCUGUAGUCUAAUGACAUUAUCAGGUACGGGAAUGUGCGUAGCACAGUAGGAUUUGUUAUAUGACAGAAAGAUUAUUAUGAAGCAUCUUAGUGGAGUCCAGAAUCACUCAUGGAUUUCUCUGUGUUUUCAGGCUUGAUAGCUCUUAAAUACCUAAAAAUGUCUACUUGCAAUGAAGGGACUGAAACCAUACAUAAAUAUCAAGGCAUCUUUGGUUCAUGCAGCUGUUAAGGGUCAGCAGGAGUUGGUGGGAAGAGUGUUGCUGCAGGCAAUGGUGGGGAAAUAAAAGAAAUAGGUGUGCAAAGUUGGACCUGAAAGAGUUCACAUGUUAAAAAGAAAUCCAGGAUUCAGAAGGGAGAGAAUAAAGAGUCCUGAUGUAUUCAGGGGAAAAAAACCGGUGAGAUAACAAUGAAGACAGAAGGAGGCUGCGAUUAGAAUGACUCACUGGUCCUUUCCAGUUUUAAUCUCCUGUUAUGAUCCUUAGAUAUUGGUUGUGCCAAGAUUUAUGUUAGUGAUUUGUCAGGAGCAGGCAGCUUUGCUUCAAUUUUUAUGUGCUUUACAUCACCAAACAUAUGCACUGCUGUAGUUACCAUAUUUUUACUGGGUUGCCGAGUACAAAUUGCUACUUGAGUUCACAGCAGUAAAUACCUGUAAUCAAUCAGAUUUAUUCCCACUCUAGGAAAGGCUGGUGGGGUCCAUAUAUAAGGUUGACGGGAGUGAUAAAUACUGCCAUCAGCCACAGACUGUGCAAAAUAAAUCUAGGAUCUUCUGAUACUUCACGGAUAAGUGGAGAAGUUAUGAAGAAGACUCCUUUGGGGAGUUUCAUUUUUCGCCCCAUCCCUUUGAACUUGGUUUCAGAAUUUCAAUAGAUUUUAGAAUAUUUAACUGUUGUUCUGUAACGACUCCCGUAUCCACACACUGAUGGACACAAACAUGCAGGGUACAAGCAGUGCUAAUAUGCGGCCCUGACAGUAGAAGUCUCAAUGCAAAUUAGUACAGGCUGUCAUGCAGAUAUUUGGUGCAAAAAGGGCUGGACUGAGGAUAAAUGUGUAGAUUAUGCUCUCAGAUUCACUUGGGAAUGACAGUAAAACCCAUGCUUUUGAAUGAAUACUAUUUAGAAAGUAUCAAAUGUUAAUUUUUUAUUUCUUACCGCUUCCAUAGAGAGCCUGUAGGGCUAUCAUAUUUAAAAAUCAGGUUGCAUUUCUCUGCCUGUAACGUUUCUGUGAACUAUUCCUAAUAUGUGAUUUAGAAAACAGUAAAUAAAAUGUGAAUGAAGCAGGA